AUGCCGAUCACGUUCAAGGGUGUUUUCACGAAUGUCGCUGUCACUGGUGAUGUGUUGACGUGUACCGACGGAGACGAGGUUAAGCUGGCUCCGCGCGUGCCAGGCGACCACGCUCAGACGUGGAUUGUGGAAUUCAAUGGUAAACCGCAGGCGACGAUCAAGAAUGAGAGGUUCGGUCGAUACUUGGGAUGGGACAAAAAACACAUUGUGACUGCCACCUACACUUCUACACCCGAUCUUUGGACGGUCAAAGCGACUCUAGAUAACUUGAACUUCAGAUUCCAAGCCGUUAUCGACGCGGAGGCGUUCACCUUGACGGAUCAGAAUGGAAAGGUCAUACUCGACAAGAAAGAAUCCGACGAAGGGAAGUGGGUCUUCUCGGAGCCUGCUUAG